UUCAAUAAAAAGGGUAGCAGCAGAUAGAAGCCGGUUCAUUCUUACUCCUAUCUGGGUGCCAGCUGUUAGUGUAGCUGUCAGUAAUUUUUUAAGUGUCAUUUUAUUUUUUUUACUAGUCUUCUUUAUUUUAUUGUGUCCACCUUAAGUUUAACAAGUCACGAUGUCGACCGCGCGUUCCCCUCUCUCUGUUAAGAACGAAAACACUCUGAACACUCAGAUGAGCGGCAUGUUGUUGGACAAAGAAAACACGCCUCCGAGUCUGAACAGCAGCCGCGUCCUGGCGUCCAAAACGGCGCGGAGGAUCUUCAACGAGACUGCGCCCCAAGCUGUGAAGAAGAGCAGCAUCGCGAUGGAGAAAGAGGAGCCGCUGCUGAAGGAGAACCCUCGUCGCUUUGUCAUCUUCCCCAUCCAAUACCACGACAUCUGGCAGAUGUACAAGAAAGCAGAGGCGUCCUUCUGGACAGCAGAGGAGGUGGAUCUGUCCAAGGACCUGCAGCACUGGGACACUCUGAAGGAUGAAGAGCGUUACUUCAUCUCCCACGUCUUGGCCUUCUUUGCCGCCAGUGACGGCAUCGUCAAUGAGAACCUGGUGGAGCGCUUCACACAGGAAGUUCAGGUAACCGAGGCCAGAUGUUUCUACGGUUUCCAGAUCGCCAUGGAGAACAUCCACUCAGAGAUGUACAGCCUCCUGAUCGACACCUACAUCAAGGAGCCCAAAGAGAGAGAGUACCUGUUCAACGCCAUUGAGACUCUGCCGUGCGUGAAGAAGAAGGCCGACUGGGCGCUCAACUGGAUCGGCAAUAAGAACGCCACCUAUGGAGAGCGUGUUGUGGCCUUUGCCGCCGUGGAGGGAAUCUUCUUCUCGGGGUCGUUUGCUGCAAUCUUCUGGCUGAAGAAGAGAGGUUUGAUGCCCGGCCUGACCUUCAGCAACGAGCUCAUCAGCAGAGACGAGGGUCUGCACUGUGACUUUGCCUGUCUGAUGUUCAAACACCUGCUGAACAAGCCGUCCUCACAAACGGUUGUCAGCAUCAUCAGGAACGCUGUUGAGAUUGAGCAGGAGUUCCUGACCGACGCUCUGCCGGUGAAGCUGAUCGGGAUGAACUGCGAUAUGAUGAAGCAGUACAUCGAGUUUGUAGCUGACAGACUGCUGCUGGAGCUCGGCUUCUCUAAGAUCUACCGGGUGGAGAACCCCUUCGACUUCAUGGAGAACAUCUCUCUGGAGGGAAAGACCAACUUCUUUGAGAAGCGGGUUGGCGAGUAUCAGAGGAUGGGCGUGAUGUCGGGUCCCACAGACAACGCCUUCAGACUGGAUGCGGAUUUUUGAAUACAGCGGCGGACCUCACACUCACAUGCACGGUCAUGUGACCAAACCCUGCAGUGAACUAAGUGCAAUGAACUGACCUUUUCAGGUAAUCAGAGUACUGCAGCUCUGAUACAAUCAGACUGCUGGACUAAACCAUAAAACAGGCUGGAGGAAAACCAAUUCUGGCUUUCUCUUGUACAUAAACUCAUUUUGUGCAUUUUUAUGAGUCCUUUUUUUUUUUUUUUUUAAGUUUUGUAUAAAAUUUGUACAGAUGUUAGUGGGUUUUGGGGGGUUGUAAUAAAAUUACACAUUGUGCA